AUGGUGGACUGUGAUGUUUUGAUGUGGACGCUUUGAGAUGGGCUGAGAAAGGGAGUCAUAAGGGACAUUUUGAUGGCAAAUACCGUAAUUGCACUUCUUUUAUUCGAAUAAGGUAAGUAAGGUACCUUUUAAGUCUCCAAAGUAUAAGUUUCUGGAAUAUUUUUCGUCAAGAAAUGUGGAAAAUCGUCGAAUGCCUGCAAACGCGCGAUCGCACCAUUUGCCGCAAGUUUAUGCGGGAAUGCAAAUGUCACGGUGUAAGUAUAAUUUAUGAAGAAAAACACUAUUAAUGGUCAAUAAAUUUAUUAAUUGUUGAAACUUUUUCUGGCUGUAGCUGUUCAGGUAUAAACCUGACUCAAAGACCUUUAUAUGAGCUGUUAUCUGACGUUAUCUGUCGUGACAAUGCGCCAUUAUAACUGAAAAAUUUAUAUAAAAGCUUACGUGUACAACAAGCAUAAUCACAAAUAAACUCCGUUGCAGCAAUCCUUCUUCAUGUUUUCCAAACAUUCGAGAAUAGGUACUUGGUCAUGUUUUAGAAGAGACUAAUGUAUAGCUGAUAAACCUCUGUUUAGGAGAAAUCCUCUUUUAAGGGGCAAGUAAUAAACAGAGGGUCAGUUUUCAGUGAUUUGCUGAUAAUUUUGUGCGCUGGGACGUUGGAAACUUGACUUCAAAAGAGGAAAACUGUUCAACUGAGGUUCAUUGUUUUUUUAACCAUGCUUAGUUUCCCAAUGGCUCUUACUUGUAUUUGCAACUGUAGACUUAAGCUUUCUGUUUUCUGUAGAUCUCAUCUGGCGUUUGCCUAAAACCUGGAGUAUGGAAACCCCAAGCUGAAUGCUGAAUGACUCUGAAGCUUGGUGGAGAGGGUUAGGAAACUGAGUGAAUCAGGUCCAUUUAGGGUCAUUAUGCUGGACAAACUGACCUGAAACUUGAUUCUCUCACUUUCCUAACCUUAAUCACUAAACUUCAGUGGCAUUCAGCGUUCGGUGUGGGGUUUCUGGAUUCUGGGUUCUAGGCAAAUCCUCCUAUCUGAGAUGUAACCUCUUGAAAACCAUAGGAUAUAGCAGUAAUUGUGUGCCCUUUAAAGCAGCCUAUUUCCAAUUACAAGGCUGCUGCCUAAGAAAACGUUCUGGGAGCCCUUCAGGCUCCUAAAAUAAAAAGUUAGGAGUUUGAGGCCACCGAUCAACAAACUUCAAAUUUAUUAGUGCAUAAAUAGUAGCAUAGUUAAAGCUCAGCUAAAAUUAAAGGGAAAGUCUCCUUUUUUGCAUUUGUAAAUUUCUUUUUCUCAACCUAGCUUAGGGUACCAGAGGCUUUUUUACCUUUAGUAAUAAUUACUAAAACUUUCCAUUUGCACUUACCUGGGGCAAUUGAUCGUCUAAUUUAUGCACUCUUGACAUUUGUUCUGUGUAUAUCAUCAUUUGCUUGGUCUUUUUGCAUUAAGCAGUAAGUUGGAAUUGCUCAACCGAGUCUUCAAGGGUUUGUAUGGGGGUAUUCAAUUCUCCAACGUUAGCGUCCAGAUCUGAAGGGGCACAGUGCUUGAUGAAGGUCGUUUCGUCUGCGUAUCAAAAUGCUGUCCAGUCAUGGUUAUCGUUAAGAUCAUUUACAUAUGAAUAAAAUACGACUGGCCCCAAUAUCAAACCCUGUGGUACCCCGAAUUGCAUGUCAGUCAGUUCAGAUGUUCUAUCAUUCACUUGUACAAACUCCCCUCUUUCACCCAUGUAACUUAGAAUCCAGUGAAUGCCUUUGAGAAAUCUGCAAAUACAGCCAUAGUUAGUCCACCUUUCUUCAUAGCUUGGAUGAUGUCAUCUCUGAAGCUCAGUCAUGCUGUUGGUUUUGAAUGUUGGUUUUGAUAUCUGUAACCAGAUAUCUUUUCAUUAAGUAUGCGGUUUUGUUCAUUUGUCAGCAAAAAGCUUUGAAUGUCUUUCAUGUGGGACACUUUUUCUUUUUCUGUCAUUAACUUGAUACAAGUUCAUUUGUAGCUCUUAUUUUCAGUUGUGACAUUGAAACUUCUCAUCAGGGCUGUUAUAUUUGAGAGCCUCUCCCAGCAACUAUGAACAUGGUCCCUGGCUACUUUUGUAGGAAAAUAGAAGAAAAAUAGAACCAAAAGAAAUCCUUAACUGUUUGAUUCCCCGCCUACUUGUUGUAUUUACCCGGGAACUUGAAAUCUUAGUGACAGCCCUGCCCCAUUUAUUACAGCAGCUGUAGAAACUUGCAACUGUGUUUGUUACAUCUUAUCCUUUACAGGCUAUAAAGUGCGUUUCUGAAAAGAUGCAAAGUCAACAUGGAUCCUGCUAAGUCAGAUAACAGACCUCUCCCAGCAGGCUGGAUAUGCCGACUGUCCAAAUCACGAAAAAAGCAAUAUUAUUUCAACAAAAUUACUGGAGAAUCCAGCUGGAAGCACCCACUGGAUAUUGAUGUGUUUUCUCCUGUAAGUUAUUGUUAAAUUUGUCUUCACUUGUACACUGUAAGUUACAUGUAUUAAUAAAUAAUUUAACAUUGUGUUCAUUAAAAUUAGUUAUGGAACACCAUGUCAUUCCACAAAACAUUAUUUGCUUGCUAGUCUAAUGGAAACUUCAGAUAUUUCAGGAGUUGUUUGGGUUGUUGUUGGAGGUACAUGUAGAUGUACUGUACAUAUACUUUAAGGAUGAAAGUCUUGGUAUAAUAGGAGGAUUCAGUUGUAAACAAUUUGCGGUUGUACAUAUGUAUAUUAGUUAUUAGUGUAGUUUGGACAGGCAGGACUUUUUUUUUCAAUCCUUGGUCUUCAUGCUACAACUGAUGUGAGUGUUGUAUUUAAAAGUACGUACGUGGAAGCUAAGUUCUUAAGAAGUGGAAUUUGUCCUUGAAAUGUCCUUGAGAAAAAGAGAAAUAAUUGACUUACUCCAUAAUGAAUGGAUAUCAUGGAUAACUUUCAUCUCUUGUAAUGCAACGUAGAAGUUAAAAGUAAAAAAAGCAACGUCACAGGAAAAAAAGUAAAAAAAAAUUUAAAGAAUGCCCAAAAUUUGGAAGAGUGAGACGAGUCCCAAUCUGGGAACUUGCAGGCUUUCCUGGUUGGGACUUGUCUCAAAAUUUGGGAUUUUAUGGCCUUUAAAUUUUGAGAAUCCGUUUUUUUCCUGUGUGUUGAAAUUUGAGCAAAAGAUUUUGGCCAUUUUUGUUUUAGCAAAUUGAGAUUUACAAAGAUGUUUUAAGGUGUGUCAUGCUGCCUUAGAUAAAGAUCCACUUAAUAUGAAAUUUGUUGUGUGCACUAUGUUUUUGCAGAGCAAAGAAGGUGUAUUAAAAAGAGGUGCCAAAGAUGAUGAAAGCAGCUGUACAAGCUCAAAAAAGAAGACAAAAAAAUCUAAACAUAAGAAACACAAACCUGCACCACCAUCAGCUCAAUCAAACAGCCAAGUAUCCCAAGGACAUCAAAUUCCAAACCCACAGAAAAAUAACAAAAUGCCUCAGAUGAUGACAACUGCAGUAAAUGCAAAUGGACAAAAACAUUUGUGCAGCACUUCCAAAGUACGUCUUAUAUCUGCCUGGGUCGAUUCUGUGGAUCAUGCAUAUGCUCCCAGUGAACAAGGAACCUGUAUAAGCAGCCCAACCCACAGCCAUGCUGAAAGUACUGCAUUUUUUUCAAUGCCAGAUAGCCAAGAACCUAGUGUAGUAAUGGGUAGCCAAGCUAAAAAAAACAACACAAGGGAUGUUAGUUGCAAACAUCAUCCCUCACCACUUAGCCAGAAGGGUUCAUUAUCUGCUGCUGUUAGUGCGACUGUAGGAAAACAAAGUAGCAAAGGAGAAACUCUUAGAAAUGCUGCUGGCAAUCUUUGUAAACCAGUUAGUCCUUUACCCCCUCACGUAUCUGGUGCUGCAGUGAAUACUGACAGGACAAAUACUACGCAAGAAAUAAUGCUAAAUCCAACUACGGUACACCAGUCACAAUAUACAGAGGAUAUGCAGUUAGACAGUCAACAGUCUUUUCAUAGCUAUGCAAAUGACCAUUUCAAUGUUGGAUAUGAGAGAACUCAGUUUGGUGAUGAUAGUGAAAUGGCAAUGGAUAUUGAUAACUAUGAGGAACUUGAAGAUCAAAUAAGGCAAGAGGUAUGAUAAUCAUUAUUUUCAAAGUAAAGAAAUGAUCGUCGCAGUAAAUGCAAUUUAUGCAAUUGCGUAAAGAAGCCUGAAAAAAAUUCAGGACUUCAAUGGGGUUUGAACCCGUGACCUCAUGAUUACUGGUGCGAUGCUCUACCAACUGAGCUAUGAAGCUACUGAUGUUGGGAGCAGGUCAAUUGUGGGUUCAUAUGUUCCCGUGAAAGAAAUGAGUGUUAAUGAUAUAUGAAAUAAAUCAUAUAUAAACUGUGGAAAUGAAAUGAAAAUGAAGAAAUGAUCAUCGCAGUGAAUGCAAUUUAUGCAUUGCAUAAAUUACGUUCACUGCGAAGAUCAUGAAGAAAUGAUCAUCGCAGUGAACGCAAUCUAUGCAAUUGCGUUCACUGCGACGAUCACUUCUUCAUUUUCAUUUCAUUUCUGCAGUUCAUAUGUGAUUUAUUUCAUAUAUCAUUGACAAUCAUUAUUUUGUCAAAUUGACCUGUAUUUGUUGACAGAAUCAUUACUUCAAUAACAUUAUUCUUGUUGCCCUUUUCAAAUUGUUAAACCUGUAAAAUUAAUUUGCCCUUUAUUGAAAUUUUUUAAUCAAACCAGAUUUUUUCCACCCAGAAUAAUCCAUCAGAAGACCUAAAUAAAUACUCCAAGAAGUUCCCAAUUAAUAAUAUUACAUGUGUUUAAAAAAGAGCCUUUGCAGCUUUAAGGACAUGAACACUAAUUUUCUACAUGUAAAGUUCAUUGGUGCUUUUGGACACAUUUCAGUAUGAUCUUUAACAUUUUUAGAAGGUCCAGGUGUAAAUUAUUUUCAUUGAAGAUCGUUUGAUUUCGUAGGUACAUCUUCAUGUAUUCUUUCCAUUUUCUCUUGUCUAGCUUCAAGGAAUGAGAACAGAGUUUGUCUUAGAUCCAUUAAAGGUGAGUAGAAAUGAAAAGAAGAGCAUAAUGAUGCAUCCCCAAAAUAUAAAGACUGAGGUACUUGUUUUUGCAUGUGAACUCGUUAAAAGCAGUGGCUAUGGUGGAUCUUGACCUUGAGGGAAGUUAGGGGGCACUCAUCCAGUCCUUGUGAUUUGGGCUGUCUCCAAAAAAUGUUUUGCAGUCCUUUAGGUUCUACAUGUAGAAGUGGUUAAAGAAUAGGAGACGGUGCUCCUCGCUCGAAUCUUUCACUGAAAAAGGCCCAGGGAUUUAAGGCUCAGGUUUCCACUAGCGACCGAGUCGGAAUUGUAAGCAGAGUUGUAAAAGCGCUUAUGACCUUGAGAAAAUAAAAAUCAGAGUUGUAAGUGGAGUUAUAAGCUGGAUGGAAUCAGAAUUGGAAGAAUCAGAAUGUCUCAUUUUCUUCAGACUCUGCUUAUGACUCUGUUGCUUUGUCCUGCUUAUGACUUAGUGAAAACCGUAUUGUCUGAGUUGGAAGGAGAAGCGGAAGGAUAAACCAAUCACAAUGCGCAUUCCCAGGCUUUGUGAUUGGUUUACUUCUUCCCCUUCUGCUUGCAACUCCAAAAACUCAGUUUUCACUUGAUUGUAAACAAGGCAGUCAUAAGUGGAAUCAGGACGCCGUUUCACCAGAUCGUAAAGUUCUACGCUUUUUAUUAAUGACCCCGACUCAGUCGCUAGUGGAAACCAGCCUUUAGGUAAUUAUCUACAGUAUGUGCUAAUUUUCAUUGUUCUGAAACAGGUUACAGAGGACCCUAGCAAGGAUACUGUAGUUUCAUAUUCUGUAAGUGCAGACCUUAGGCUGUAUCAUUUGAAAUAAGGUGUCUUAGUGUACUGUGGCAUUUUACGGCUUAAUCAUGUCUUUUAAUGUCAAAGUGAUGUUUAAUCCCUUUUUUUACUUUUAUUCAGGAAUAGUUAAAUAGUCCUUAGACUUGAUAUUAUGUGUGUUUUGUGUUCAAAACCUAUUGCUGAAUAAUUAUACAUGUACUACAUUGUACAUGUAGUAAACUCUAGUUGCAUAAAAAUUGAAAAAACUCUAUUUCUAAUCCUAUUUCGUCUUUUCACUGAAACAACAACAUUCCAUGGGUGUUUUUAUUACCCAGAAAACAAAUAGAAAGUUCAGCUUUAGUAUUGGUAUUUAUACACUGUAUCUAAUACACUGUUUAUAAAAGUACAGUCUAUUACAAGUUUUGUGUUUACCUUUUGCUUUGAGUAAGUACAUGUGUAUAACACACCAUAAAAUAUUUAUUAUCUCUAGUAUCUGUUGGCAUGUCAUAUGUGGUUAAGUUUUUUGCCUUUGUGUUUAAACUGCUUUUGCAGGAUACUCUAUAUGUUGUCCUGGACACUAAUGUACUUUUAUCACAUCUCAAACUUGUAUCUGAGUUGAAGGAUUUUCCCAUAGAAGGUUAGUGUUGCAAGCAUCAUUACGGGUUGGUACACAUCGAGUAUUGAAUUUUUGAUAAAGUUUGGAAAUUUACAAACUAGUUUUCCAAACCUGAAAGUUUGGAAAGUACAGUCGAUUCCUGAUCACUCAAAACUUCAAGGGAAAGGGAAAAAAGUUUGGGUUAUCGGGAGCUCAAAGAAAAAUAGCCAGAAGUAAGGUGAAAACAGUUUUUACGGUACAGCUGUACAGUGAACAUUAAUCACAUUUUAUUGUAGAAAUGUUAAGUGAAAAUUGAAAGAUACUUUUAGGUUAUAAUUCAGAAUGUAACAUAACAAAAAAUAGCCUAAAUAAAGCAUGCAUUUUACUGUUUUGAAAAGUAAAGCUGUUUCACGUUAUAUCUGUGAUGAACAACAUCAGCCUCCACUGGUAGAGUUAAUGUCUACAACACGUCAAUGGGACUUUAAAAUCCAAUGUUUCAGACUCCAUUGAGCACUCAAAACAUGGUUCGAGUUUCAUGGGGUAACAUGUUAUAGAAAUGAUCUGAGGGGAAACAAAAAUUACUUUAAGUUAGCCAGAGGUUCGAGUUAUAGAGGGUUUGAGUUAUCGAGGGUAAAAUUACAGUAAAUGUAUGAAGAAAAUCCGGGGAAAAUCAAUUUUGGUUCGAGUUACUGCAAUUAAAGUUCGAGUUAGUGAGGGUUCAAGUUAUCGGGAGUCAACUGUAAAGAUAAAAUCUGGAAAAAUGGUUAACAGUAAGAGUUUUUUCUUUUUCAAAACUGCAACAAUUGCUUAAUAAUAUUGCUUUUAGUGAAAUCUUUUUGCUAGACAAAUCUUACUGAUUUUAAUCUAGUCUGUAGCCAAAACAUUCAAUCAGACUGAGAAGUUUCAGAACUCUGUUAUGUUUGCAUUGCACCGUGAUUACUGUACAUUUGCAGUGCAUCAUGGGAAAAGCGUAGUUGAGGUUUAUAAUCUUUAUCAGUCACUAACUUUAUACUGUAUUUGAUAAACUUAAGUCUGGAAAAAGAAAUUAUUUUUUGUGAAAAAGUUGGAAAAAAGUCAUGAACUUCGCAUUCAAAACCCCUGAAAUUAUUUUGCAUUACUAUAUAUUAAUUUGAGAAUUUUAGGUCCCAAAAUUGAAGCAUUUUCAUUGAAAGUGAUUCAACUUCACCUACCUUUAUAAGUCAGAGCAACUUACAGGUAAUUCUUUGGAAUGUAUUACUGUUAAUGCUAGUUUUCUUAUGUGAAGGUGUUGCCAGACCUGUUUUGGUUGUUCCAUGGAUUGUUAUUCAAGAACUUGACUCCUUAAAGGUAUGUCAAUUUUUAUUACAUGUGUUGUCACUUUUGUACAUGUUUCUGUCAGGAGUGUUCGGUUGAAGGAAUCAUGUAUUCAAAAACCAGUGCUUUACCCAAAAAGUAGGGGAUACAGGCUGCAUGUACAGAUCUAUCUUCCGACAACUACAGUUUGGUCCUUGCUUUUCUGGUACGUGUGGACAGUGUAAUAAUAAUAAUAACUUUAUUUGUAUAGCGGUAUAUACAAAAGCUCUAUAUCGCUUUACAAUCAAAAAAGAAAAUAACUAACAAUAGCACCAAAACAAAAAGUCAACUGAAAGCGAGUCUAAAAAGAUAAGUUUUCAAUCUAGAUUUAAAAACAUCAACUGAUCCACUUAAUUUAAUGUCUAAGGGAAUAUCAUUCCAGUGCUUUGGGGCAGCGACCGAAAAGGCCCUGUCUCCAUAGCUCUUCAGGCGCACACUCGGUACUUCUAAUAAAUGUUUGCUAGCUGACCUAAGAUUUCUUGUAGGGUUAUAUGGGACUAUAAGUUGACUUAAAUACGGAGGCGCCAGGUUAUUGAGAGCUUUAAAAGUUAACAGUAAUACUUUAAAGGUAAUUCGCUGCUCCACAGGUAACCAGUGUAGCUCCUUAAGGACGGGGAGUGUGCCAAUAAAUUCUUUCAUUUUUCUAUGCAAUACACACUGUGGACUAAUUGUUGCCAUUUGGAUACAGUAUGUAGCUCCCUGGAUAAUGAGUUACUAAGAAUUCCUGGUAUGUUAAAAUUCUGUCUCUAGAGCGACUCAUGGAGGAUAAGAAAAGGAAAAUUGGUCACCAGUCAAACACAGGUUUGAGUAUAAGUUUUACUAUUUUUAUUACAUAGUUGACUGUUUUGAUGACUAAUGGUAGCUGUUGUAGUGCAUUGUGUUAAGCUAAUAAAAUUUCAUUUUGACUGUCUCUAGUCGCAGAACAGCAAGUUUGGUGUUGAUACUCUGGCACGACAGGCAGUGAGGUUUCUUCAUGCCUGUUUUGAGAGUGGUCAUCCUCGGGUCCGAGGACAAACGCUGUCUGAGGUCAGUUUUUCAGAACUUGGUGAUGUUCUUGUACCAGUCAAUAAAUAUGCAUGUUGCUGCAAUGAUCCUUUCUUAGCACACUCUUUAGACUUUAUCCUGAUCCUUUAGUACUGACCCUAUCAUUUUGGUUUUACUCAAUCCAAUCUUUCAGCCAUCAGAAUUAUUUUAAAAAAACUUGACAAUUGUAAUAGGGACUGCAGUCACAUUUUGUAGUAGAUGGAUAUGUCUUUUUAAAAAUCUUGGUUAUACAGCUAGUCCAUGUUAUUGUUAAAUAACUUAUAUGAUGUAUGUGCAUUUGCAGCAAAUAACAUUUUUUCUUGUUUUAGGCCCAAGAAAUGAUGGACAGUUGUUCAAUGGAAGAUCCAUCUAAUGAUGACAAAAUACUUCAGUGUUGUCUUCUAUUCCAGAGAAAAGGUUAAGAUACUACUCAAUUUAAGAGUGACUCCCAUUUGACAUUCUCAUACCUAGAGAGUUUCCAACUCAUUAAUGUAUUGCCCAUGCUGUACAUGUACAUGUACCUUGUGCCUGUAUUGAUCUGUUCAGUACUUAACAUGUUUGGUUAUUGUUACUUUUAGCUGAUAAAGGACAUGCCAUACUGUUUUCCAAUGAUCAAAACUUGUGCAGCAAAGCCAUAAUUAAUGGAUUAAAAGCCUUCAAUCAUCAAGUGAGUGUCCCUUUGGUAUAAUAGAAUAUUAAAAAGUUGUAAGACUGUACAUAAUACAAUGAUUCAUCUCUCCCUUAAAGUAGAUCUCUAAAAUGACGGACACCUCGCUUAACGUACAGCCAGACUUGGUUGCAAGUAAUGGCAGAGUUGGCCAUAUUCUUUGACUCACUAUAAGGCGGGGGACUCUUACUUCUGGACCCACUGGCAUCUGAAAUUGUGAAAAAUAAUUAUUAUUAUGUAAGAGAAAAAAAAAACUAAAAUUUAGUGCCUGCUGUACUUUUUCUUAUGUCACAAAUCAUCUUGGUCUUAAUACUGAAUUGUUUAAUGAUCAUCAGAGUCUGGUCAGUGGAUUGAAGGAAUUGUUUCAAAGCAGUGCUGUGGUUCUAAAACAAGAUUACUUUAAAGGUAAGGCUUCACUCUUGUAGUGCCCACUUGCAUGUAUUCCCUUUGGGUUACCUACAAUGUACGAGAAUAUUCUGAGAGCAUAACCUUGUAAUGCAUCAUCUUAGUGUGAUCUGCAUUGUGAAAAUGGUAGUACAAAAUACCAUGUAGGUUUUUUACUUCUGCUGUUUCCUGCAUUUUCUUUUUCCAGAUUAUUAUAAGGAGCUUAAAUUCCAAGAAACUCUGGCAGAAAAACGAGCCAAGGUAAAAUGUCCUUCUUCAUCGUCUACAUGGAGCAUCUUUUUUUUAUCAGUCAGGUUCAUGGACUUGUCUGUCAUGGUUUAUAGUAGCUAUAGGUUAGGCAGAGAAGAGAACGUCAGAACAUAUAUUACUAUAUCAUUUGUGUCCAUGGCCCCUUGAUUAUAAUGCUGGGAAUUGUUACUGGAAGGCAAAAUUGAAGGGAAUAGUGGAUGGGGGUGGGGUCCAAGGGUUACCGGAAUCAAAAACAUCAAAGAAUGGUUAGGACACACCUAUAAUGGAUGUGCAAGAAGAGCUGAAGAUCAGAACAGCUGGAGAUCUAUGAUAGCUGACCUACUACUAGUAGAUGGCACCUGAUGAUGAUGAUGAUGAUAUAUAGUGGAAUGGAAAAAAUAAAAUGAAAUGAAAUCUGAGUGGCUGCAUCAAAGCCAUUAGACUGCAGACAGAGUCAAUACAAACUUAAUACUUUUGAAUGUCUCCCUUUGAAAGUUUUUACAGUGAGUAAUUUUGUAUGAUUUUUAGGCUGAUGAUCUGAUAUGUGAGCUGCAGUGUAUAAUGAGGGAAGGCCUUGCUGUAGCAGUGGAAAUGGAAAUGAGAGCUGCAUACGAUGAUUUAUGGUAAGUAUUAGCAAGAACUCUGAUGGAUAUGUUUAUGCAUGUCUUUUAUUAAAUUUAUGUCUUCUUUUAUUUUAAUACGCGCCUUUUAUGUAAACCAGUGCCUAUAGCUGAUAAAAUUACCGUGGUUAAAUAAAAUGGCUAUGUAAAAAUGUCUAUCUGUACAUUGAAUCUGUUCAUUAUGAGUAUUGAGAGCCAAAAAACUUGAUAUAAAAGCCGUUUUCACAGCAUAGUUAACUAUGGCUAUACUCUUUAACAAUGUCCGUAAUGUUUCCCCCCCUUCCAAUCAUCCAUUGUUAAGACAUACAAAUCUUUAAUAAGCUUUUUUUGGGGGAAUUGUUUGUAGGGACAAGAUUGUGUUCAUUAAACCACCGUGGACAUUGUCCGACCUUCUUCAGCUGUUAGAAAAGUAAGUAUCCAGUCACUAAAGAAUGUGCUUGCAACUUUUGCUUGUCUUUUAAAAAAGCUAUUUAAAUAAAGGAAAAGGUUAUUUCUUAGAAAAGUGUAGAUGCAAAGUUUGGAAUUACAUUGAAACCUGCAUUAGACGGGGGACCUUUGCUGGUAUCGACUAAAUACAGUCUCGUUUUUCUUAAAUUAAGGGAAGAAGCAUUUGAAACAUGCUGAGCUACUCAUAAUACAGGGUGUUCACCUUGUAUGGGGUCCACUUAAUACAGAUUUUACUGAUGAUAGACUCAUUACUCAUGUCAUUUGUCUAAGUGACGUCAUUUUGAAUCAUUCAGUAUUUAUGUAACCUACAUCUGUAAAAUUAUAAUGUAAACUUACCGGUAUUUUCUUGAUGAAUUCUGGCGUGCUAGGCGGCUAGUCACUAGUUUGUAGUCCAUAUUAGAUUUUCUUUCAAUCCAGCUGUUUAGGUUGUUCUCUUUUGCUUUAUUAUUGUUGGUAAUUCUCCUGAUAUUAAAUGCUUAAUUCCAGGCACUGGAUUGCUGUGUUUGGUCAAGUGUUUAAAAGGAAUACUAAAUCUACGGUGGAGGGUCUUCGUAAACAUUUUGGUAAACCAGAAGGUAGGAGACAUUUUAAACUGUAGAGAAAGUGUCAUAUGCUUUCCUGACUUACUAUCAAACACCCAAACAUCACUAUCGAAGGAAAGAAACGAUUUUAUUGCUUGUUAUUACUUAGUACACUGUACGUACAAGCAAGGCCUUUUACAGAUGCAAGCAUUCCCGAUAGAGUAGAAAGGUUAUAGCUUCCACUUUUGUGUUUAGAAACGUACCCCAUCAAAACGUUUUUGCGGUCGGACGUAUGUCCUAUCUAAAACCAAAAAUAUUUGCAGGGCCUGGUGCCGGGACCGUUUUAAUUGUAAUUCAGGCGAGGAAAAGAAAAGUGACUUGUUGUGAGCUACAAAUUGUCCAAAUAGAUAACGUUUUUCGAUAGGAUAGUUUUAGCGGUAGUUUUAGUCUGUUGUUAUCACAUAUUAGUAAAAUCCAACUAGUGGUCUAUUAUCAAUGCUGCGUUCUGAUUGGUUGAGCUACUACUAGGCUACAUGUUAUAGCCCACUAGUAGCGAAAAGCGCUGGCUUUUUGGCGGCAAAAAAAGAAUUAAAGUCUAGCUUAACUAGCUAAAAUUUUUUUAUUCUCGAUAUUUUUGACCAACUCUCUGGGCUCUGAGUCAAUAGCCUCAUGGGCUAUUGACUCAGAGCCCAUUUGGGCUCGAGGAAUAAUUGUUAAUUAUUUGUUUCUUUAGGCUCUGUUGGUUGUUUAGCUAUGGCAUCUACUAUACUGGAUCAGGCCCACACACUGUUUGAGGCUAUAGCAGUACGUUCAAGGUAAGACCAAUCAUUUCAAUUGUGGCAUGUUAGAACUUUACUUUUAUUAGUAAAAUCCAACUAGUAGUGUAUUAUCAAUGCAGCAUUCUGAUUGGUUGAGCCACUACUAGGCUAUCUGUUAUAGCCCAGUAGUAGCGAAAAGCGCCGGCAUUGAAAACGAAAACAAUGGCGGCUGAAUCGCGUUUUGCUAGCUGAAGUUGUUUUGUCUUGAUAUUUUUGACCAACUAGUUGGAUUUUUCUAAAACAAUUAUUCCUCUCGUCCUCAUGGCCUCUCAGUCAAUAGCCCAUUCGGCCUUUGGCCUCAUGGGCUAUUGACUCAGGGCCCAUUCAGCCUUGAGGAAUAAUUGUUAAUUAGCCCUGAGAAAUUUACGGCAAACGGCAAACAGCAAACUUGAAUUUGUACCACGUGACCAAGUUUUCCCUUUACUUUUCGUUUACUGUUAAGUAUGGUUACGCGGAAAUCAGUAGUUUCACGCCUUUUCUAUAUAUAAAAAUCUUUUUGAGUCGUUUUUAUCUGCUCCUUUUCUAUUUUGAGAAUUUCUCAAUUUGAAUUUGGUGUUUGCCGCCGUCUAUCGUAAACGUGGAUCUAAAUCUCUCUAUUAACGCAAAUGCUAACCUUUAUCUACAAUGCCCAUUGUAAUAAAAGCGUCUUUGUCAAUGUCAUUAUGCAUGCAUGUUGAUGAGCUAGACGCGUAGUCUUAGGUGUCCUCUAUCCUUGACGUUUUGACCUUUACUUGGCAGCCGUUUACUUGCUUUUGCUAUGAUGGUUAAGUUUAGCCGUGUCUAGGUUCGAGGUAAAGUCAGUUCUCUGGUCAAAUCAGUAUUCAACGGAAAUUGAUUCAGGACAACGGUAAUUCUCAUUUAUUCAACGUCAUGCGUUUCAUACAUGAGCCUCUGGCUCGGAUGAUCGGGGCAACCCCAUUCGACGUAUUGACGUUAAUAAAUUGAUUUAUUGAUUGAUUCUGGAAUGGAUUUUACCAACAUCAUGAGUUUUUGAAGUAGUAAAAGAAAUUCCCAGUUCUUAUCCAGUUCUAUCCAUCUUAAUUUUUUGGCAAAAUAUUGCUUAUUUAUUUAUUUAUUUAUUUUGUUUGUUUAUUUAUUUUUUAUAAUAUUUACUUAUUUGAUGUAUGUUUUAUAAAAGCAAAGCAUUGCCAAUAGGUCAUUUUGUUUGGUUGUCAUUUUGAUUCGGUAACCUUUUUCUUUACUUCAGUUACAAUGGAGCCAUAACAAAGUGUAUGACAGCCAUUAUUGUGUUAAAAAGAAAGUGCAAAGAGUAUCAGCAAACAGGAGAUGAAGAACAAGCUGCAAGGUCUUAUUCUUCCAAUGCCAUGGGCCCUCCUCAGGUUCCUGCCAUUGGAGGUCCCAUCACUAGAGAAUCAUCCCGCUCCUCAUCCAAUGAAACUGAACAAGAGGUAAGUAUAGUGUGGAAAUAAAAUGAAACUAAAUACUUCAACCUAGAAUGACCAACACCAACUUUCUCCCAACCAUAUCAAUGCACCAUCAAGAGAAAAGGUUAUGAGAACUUUUAAGUGAUCCCCAAAGGGAAAUUGCUUUGAUCUUUUCAUAAAUUAUCUGGACUAAUUUUUCCAGGAAUGUGUGGAGAUCAGUCUUGAGAAUUUAUUUGUAAAUAUUGGGGCUUGGGGAUGAAGUGAGCCAGCCCCGUAAGCCGUGCUGGCCCGUGUACUUGGCUGUCUCGCCCCAUGCCUUGUUUCUUCUUUAAAUUGUCGUUGUGUUUAAUGCGAAGGCUGGCUGGCUUAAUUGCCGAGAUCCCGGUUGCUGGAGCCGAGAUCUCGGCAAGCUGGCCAGUCCAUAUUCUUGUAUAAACACAAAGACUAUUUGCAGAGAAAAUAAGGCAUGAACCAAGCCAGCCAGGCUAACCAACCUGGCUCAACUCAUUAAAACAAUCUCUCACCAUCAUUUUAAUCAAGCGGUAACAAGCUCGUAUAAGGCAAGCAAGUACAGAUAGCGAAAUGUCUGCGUCGACAUCGCCUGUUUUUCUUUUCGUAAUACACGUUGCAUUGUUGAACUUGUUCAGCGCUGUUUUAAAUCAAACAAUGACAAGUCGCCACAAAUUAAACCUUUGGGAGUGGUGUUGUUAUCAUUCUGGCAGUUUCUUCUUGUAUUACAAUGGUACGCAUCAAAUGGUGGUGGUGGUAUUAAUUUAACCUUUUAUUUACACUUACAGAACUCGUCAGGAAGGUGUGAAGAAGGGUCAGAAGUGGGAUCCAGUGUUGACGAGAUUAACACGUCUCAGGCUGGAAAUCCUCACGCGUUAGUUCUGUCUACGUUCGAGACGAUAUGGAACGCUGUCUGUCAGUUCAGGUAAAUCCUCUUCCUUCUAGGGUAGAGUACAUUCAGGUCUCAGACAUUUCUUUUUUCUGAACUGAUGAGGUUGUUGUGGUGCUUCACGGCAAAGUGCCCAUAGCUAAAAAGCAACGACCAUUUUGACGUACGCCAGUGGCACACUGGUCAGCAUUAAUCAACAAACACCGAGCGAUGUUGCAGCUUGUCGGAGCUAGGAAACAAAGACUGACUAUCGAUGUUCAGCAUGUUGCAACUUCUUUGGAGAAUAUUUCCAAUAUUUAGUUCGAUUUAUUCUAACACAGUCCUGGCCUCGGCGUUCAGAAUUGUUCAGAAGUUGCAACUUGUUGGACGGAAUAGCGUCCAUUUUUAUUCUCCUUCAGCCACGUUUCACAUGAUGAAUGGCCUAUUUCAACGGUCAUUCAAAAUGGCUUGAUACACUGUUCACAUUUGUGGAAUAAGUGUUGGAGCUUCUGUUAACCUUGCGUCACUGGCCUUAGAGUGUUCGUGCGUCUUCCCUGACAGUGGUUGAUCUAUUUUCUUUGAGCACCCUCUAACAAGAACCAGUGUUUAAUAAAACAAAUUCAUCAACACCGCUUGAAAAAGCACGCACACGUGUACCCCGUGACUAAGUUUUCUCCUUACUUUUCGUUUACUGUUCUUUACAUCUACACAAAGUUAUUGCUUUUAUGACAGUUUUAUCCACUGAAAAUUGUUUUGCGCGGUUUUUACUACCUGCUCAUUUCCUAGUCCGAGAAAUUGUCAGUUCGAACUGCCUACCGCGAUUUAUUAUUUUUGUUUGUAUCGGCUUUUCAUUUAACAGUGCCCAGAUCUACUCCGGAGUGGGAUUCCCUCAUCCUGUCCCACCAGACCUACUCAAAGAUCUGACAAAGCCCACGCAAGAGGAAGCCGUCCAGUUUUUGGGCCGUCUCAUGUCAAGUUUGACGCUUGUUGUCACUGCUAUUCAGAGGUAACUACUUCAGUUUACUCCUUUAAUUCUGCUAGUCUGUCGUUGCGCAUUUAAUGGAAGCGUUUUGUUGCUAUUGGUGAUACUUUUUCUUCCCUCCUUUACGCUAUCUUUCUUCAAUUUUGGAUUUCUAGUGUUCUCCAGGAGCCCGUCGUAAAUGAGAUGGGGAAUUUCCAAGCGUUUGAAGUGCUCUUGAAGGCAAUCGUUAGAUUUUUUAAAGAGGUGAGCGCCAUAGUAAUCUUGGUUUGAUGUGAUUUAGUGGGGUUUAGGAGUGAUAGUGUUUAUCGUUUGGUAAAUAUUUCUGUAAGAACUUUAGAAAUGUUUUUCUAGGCCUGCUUUGAGCAACAUCAAGCGUUAGUGUAACUGAGCGUGACAAUAGUGUCGUGUGACUGUCCAAAUUAGGGCUGUACAGAAUGUGACGAUGUUGUUAGUUCCAGGCCCUCGGGGUCCAGGAUAGGUAAAGUUCCCGGAGGAUAGCGCGCUUUCUGUUCUGUAAUUACAUGUAGCCGAUGAAGCCUUUUUCCUGUGAUUAAAUGAGUUGUGUUCUUCAGCUUCUGUCAAGUUCAUUGUCUCACAACUACGUUACACAGAAGACUUUGGUAUGCGGUGUCUUAGUAGUUUCUUCCUUCUUUUUAGGUUUUGUCCAUGAACACAGGCGUGACAGUUGCCGAUCUGGUGAGAUUUGCUCGGGAUCCAAAUGCAAGGUAACUUUCAUGUUCCUCGACUGUUCUUGCUGCAAACAAAAAUAAGGCUAUACUGUACAUUACUGUGUGUUGGCUGAACGUUUGUUAGUUUAUAACGAGCGUUUGAAAAAUGGCAGAAGUUAAGAUCACUCCACCCCGAUAUUCAAACUAUUGAAUCACUUUCCAUACACCUGUCACCUUAUAAUAAUAAUAAUAAUAAUAAUAAUAAUAAUAAUAAUAAUAAUAAUAAUAAUAAUGGUUUAUUAACAGCAUUUCCAUAAGAAAAAUGGCUCCACAUCUGCUAAUAAAAUAUAAAAAUAUAUAGUAUAUAUUCAGCUAGAAGAAAAAUACAUUAUUAGAUCAGAAGCAGAUAUGUACGUGGAAAAAAAACUACAGUCAACUCCCUUUAAGGCGGACACUGUAGGGACCUGGAGUUAGUGUCCUCAUUAGCGAGAGUUUAUUUCAGUCAAUCGUCCGUAUUAUCGGGGUGUCCAUUAUAGCGCGGUAUCCGCAAUGCAAGAGUUGACUGUACAACAUUACUACACUUUACUUCGCUCUUUUAAAAUAUUGAAGGUCUGUUUGGAAAAAGACCCAAAAUUGAUGUGCGUCUCUCUCUUGUGCUGUCACCUUUCCUAGGAUGGGCCUUAUUCAGGGGUGCUCACAACUGGACCGCGCUUUGGCCACACUACAGCAGUGCUCCAGAUGGGUGUCGUCCACCUUAGAUCCCAACAAGGUCAGUUGGUGACGCCUAGUUAGAAUCCGUGAGGUCAGGAAGUGUAUGGUCUUAAGAGAAAACCGGGACAUAACAAUCUCAUGGAGGGCUACAGAUUAGUUUCCCCACACCCAUGGUGCCGCCUGUUUGAACUGUUCUUGUCGGGUAAGAGAAAAAAUUUCAGCGGCUCGUCAUCAGAGGUUAAGUUAGGCCCCGUCCACACGAAUCCCGAUAAUAAUUAUUUUGAAAGCGGAUAUAUUUUUUUAAACAUGAAUCGGCCUUCCGUCCACACGAAACCAGUGAAUGCGGUCACCGAAACCGCGUCUUUUUUAAAUCGCUGUCCAGAGUAGAUUUUUGUUUUUGUAUCCGACGGUUUUGGCGAAUUCGUGUAGACGACUGAAAUCGGAUAUUUUGAAAACUGUAUUUUAAAGUGAAAUGGCGGACAGCAACCGGAGAACAACCUUCUGUUUACUUGGAUACUGUUCUUUGAACAGUUCCAGUAUAUCAUCGCCAGCUGGUAGUUGGCAAUUGGAAACCGCAGUAGCGUAUUCGUGUGGAUGGUGAAUCCAAACAUGAUACACAAAAACGAAAUCGUGGUGACGCAAAUAUUGAGGCAACGCCCACUCGAAUCCGGAUAUUUUUGAAACGGCAUACUUUUUUUACACGAAUCUGCCUUCCGACACGAAACCAGUGAGUCUGGACACCGAAACCGCAUUGUAUUGAAGCCAUUCCAAUAACGGUUUAAGGCACGAAUCCGGAUAGAACCACACAAAUCUAGAUAGAAAAUAUGAUGCGGAUUCAGCCUAUCGGGAUUCGUGUGGACGUAGCCUUGUUGCUAUCACCUCUCUUGCAUUGGAUCCGACGGAUUUGCGAAUUCGUGUCGACGAUUGAAACCGGAUAUUUUCGACUGCGGUUUCAGUCUGCUCGGAUUCGUGUGACCGUCAGGGCCUAUGCGUGGUUUGGUUGCACGUGGUCAAGAAAUAUAUCAUGAACAAACAACUUGUUUGUAAUAUAUGUUUUAUUUUCGAUUUGAAAGGUGUAUAAACACUUAAUAGUCCAGUUUCGAAUUAAAAAUUACCGCUGAGUACAAAUAUUAGCGACACAUUCAUACAGGGUUAGCCUCGACAUAACGUAGAAUCUUCACAAAUUCCGUCAAGUAAGUGUUUGAAAUACGAAAAUACACAGUAGACAGAGUAAUAAAAAGGUUUUCUUCUCGUAGGAAUUUGUAAAUUUAUUUACUUCAGAUGGAGGCUGUAAAAUAUGCGUCUUCACUUCUUUUUUUCAGCGGUCAUAGCCAACUCGAAACUGAACUAUUAUCGGUCCCACUGGAAACAUUUUGGGUCUCUGUGAGACAAAAUUUUCGUUUACUUUGGGCCUGUCGUGUAAGAGCUUAUUCACUAUUCAUUAUCGAAAAACGGGAAACGAGAACUAGAAACCGAAAUGUUUCAGCGAACGGUUCAACAUUUACUAGUUAUAUGACGUGAUCUCAACCUUUUUACGUUCUCAGAUAAUAUCUACUUUAAGUGGUGAGGUAGUACAACUGUGAACACUUUUCGGAGUGUUUGGUUCCCCGAGUCCGGUCUGUGUUUUUCAAAAUUCUGUUGACAAAAAGAGAAAGGAGCGUUUUCGAUGUUCUUUCGUCUUCGUCCUUAUCUAUUAGUAAUUUCUUGGGUAUACUAGGUACAUUUAUUUAUGUUUUUGGCAACGUAUUUAUUUACUUGCUUAUUCGUUAUCGUUUUUUAUUUUCACGCGCCCUGUUUCUAGGAAUAGUCAACUCCUCAAAAGUAACUUUUAAAAGGAUAACAUAUCAAAUGGUUCCAUUGAAAGGGCGUUAGCUUUUUGUUAUCCCUUUCGCUUCUGAUAGUGACCAACGGACAAAAUUCUCAAAAACUCCAAACCUCUUUGUAUAAAAUACUAAGAAAUUACUUGUGUGAUGCAAAAGGUCUGGAAACGAGGUUUCAUUUUAGUGGUCACACCAUAGGAUUUCAUCUACAGACUCAGCAAUUAGAACUACAUACUAAAUAAAUAGUACCAUGUGAAAGUACUGCUGAAGAGGUUUCAUAUGAAUGGUAACAUCAUAGGAUAUGCUCCAGAGAUUUAAAAGUUAGGGAUUUUGACAAAUCCUUCAUGAGAUGAUCUACGACUGAUUCGGGAUUCGGUUAAAAAGUAAUGGAAAAAAGGUUAUAUAGCUUUAUUUUUGUAGAAAACAUCGUUUGACAUAACAUUCUUUAAAAUCCAUUGUCUUUACAUGUGACAUUUGAUAUCUAUAAUGAA